AUGCCAUUUCCAAAUUUGGUGGAUUCCAUUGAACCUCCAGACACAUUCUUCUUUCAUGAGCUCAAUUUCAAUAAGACCGAGUUGGCAAGUAUUUCUGUCAAUUUAGUUUCCCGCUUGAAUCGAGACCAAUGUGUCGCGUAUGACACAAUAUUCAAUGCAGUCAGUCGUGACAUAUGUGAUUUUUUCUUUGUUUAUGGAUCUGGUGGAACUCGGAAGACUUUUCUAUGGAAUGCACUUUUCACUUCAAUAAGGUCGAAAGGUUAUAUUGUUUUAAAUGUGGCAUCCAGUGGCAUUGUAGCGCUAUUUUUGCCAAAUAGGCGAACUGCUCAUUCACGCUUUAAGGUUCCACUCAAUGUUAACCAAGAUUCCAUUUCACUCGACAAGUGCUUUAAGGAUGUUCUUCAUUUUGAUCAUGGAUAUAAUCCCAAUACUCUGUUUGGUGGAAAAGUUGUUGUUUUGGGAAGUGAGUUCCGUCAGAUAUUGCCUGUGAUUCCUCGUGGUUCCCGGGAGGAGAUUGUGUUGCAAUUGACCAAAAACAUGAGGCUGGGUUGUGAUCCGCAAGAUAUCCACAAUGUACAGUUAGAGAAAUUUGCUGACUGGCUGCUUCAAAUAGGUGAUGGGUUAUUUGGAGACAGUAUUGAUGGCGAAUCGGUGAUUAGAAUACCAGACAACUUGCUAUUGAAUAUUGAGUCUCCAGGUCUCCACGAUUUAGUGUUGUUUGUUUAUCCUGACAUUUUACUCCAUACUUCUAGUGUGGAUUAUUUUAAGGACAUGAGUAUAUUGGCACCAACACUUGAUAUUGUUACUAAAGUUAAUAAUCAUGUGAUGUCUUUUAUCCCUGGCAAUGAAAGGGUUUACCUGAGCUCUGACACACUGCUUAAUGAAGAUGGUCACUUAGAAUCUGAAUUAUACACAAUGAGCAUAAAGUCGUUGAAUGCGUUGAAUUGUUCUGGAAUUCCUCAACACAGGUUAGUUCAUAAAAUUGGUGUUCCUAUCAUGCUUCUUCGCAAUAUUGACCAAUCUAAUGGACUAUGCAAUGGUACGCGAAUGCAAGUUAGGCGACUUGGUGAUCAUGUCAUUGAGUGCAUCAUAUUAGCAAGUCGUAAUAUUGGUGAAGUUGUCUUUAUUCCCAGGAUGAAUUUGGGACGAACACUGUCAACUAUUGACAUGUAUCUUCCAAGACCUGUUUUCACUCAUGGUCAGCUUUAUGUUGCACUCUCUCGGGUCAAUAGUUAUUCUGGUCUAAAGGUGUUGUUUGCAUUUUGUCUCCUUAAGACUGUAGUUACUGCUUGCAAAUAUGCUAUUGUUGAAUAUUGCCACAACGGGAUUCCAUUAUUUAUGCUUAGAAGCCGUUGCUUUUAUGUCUCCGUGCUUGGCACAGGUCUUAAAACUAGUAGAUAUAGAGAUAAAGAUGUCUGCUCUUCUUGA